AUGUCUACCAAGAUACUGUCUUUAAACAGCACGGUUUUCAAAUGGAUGAAAACGUUUCACACCAGCUGUCCACGAGGGUUUAGGUAAGACACGCCGGAUAACUUUUUGGUAAUGUGUAAACUUUUAUAUAAACUGCUUAUACAACAACCAUGCAUGCAGCAUAACUUCCUCAUUUUUAACUUCCACAGAACUGCAGCUGCGUCUCUUAGUUCCGUCAGUUUGAAGGGUCGAAGCUUCCUAACUUUGAAAGAUUUCAGCCCAGAUGAAAUCAAGAGGCUGCUGUGGGUCUCAGGAGACCUCAAACAUCGGAUCAAACAUGAAAAACAGGUAGCUGGUGUUUGCUAACAUCUGUUGACUGCAGUGUGCAUUUGCAAAUGUUCUCAGUUGUAACUGUCAAGGUCAAUCUUCAGUGUCUGAAGCUAACUUUCUUCUCCAUUUUAGUAUCUUCCUCUUCUCCAGGGGAAGUCCAUUGCCAUGAUAUUUGAGAAGAGGAGCACCAGAACAAGAAUGUCUACAGAAACAGGUGUCCCUUAUGUAUUCAUAUAUCUUCAAAUGGUUUAUGACAUGUGCUGUAUUGAAACUUAUAUGUAAAAACAUUAAAGUGGCACAAUGCAGUCAUCAAUUGUUAGAUUAACCCAUUAGAUACACAUUGAUAGAAUGAAUGUAAUAGGGUUCUAGUAUCUCAUAAAUUUAGCCUGGCUGUUUUGAUCCAUUAGUAGCUUUAGCAGUGUAAAUGCCACCCCUUGUUUUUGACACAAAAGAACUGCUGAAAGGGGACUUUGAAAGCACCAUGGGAACAAUGCUGUUUGCACCUAAACUACAUCCAUUCCCCACUCCUAUGCUGAACUUGGUGUGGGCUUAAAAGACAGUUUCUAUUUGAGGAUGAUUCAGUGUUUUUACUCCAGGUUUUGCUUUGCUUGGCGGGCACCCCUGUUUCCUCAAAUCUGAGGACAUCCACCUUGGAGUGAACGAGAGUAGCACAGACACAGCUAGGUAUGAAAUUCAUUAUGGUUUUGUUCUUUACCAUGUGGGUUACAUAUCUCCACUCCUUAUUUGUCUGUUAAUCUCAAAAAAAUCUUAAUCAGCAUGGUGUUUUUUAAGGCAGCGCUGCUUCACUUGUAUAAUAUUGCUUUGGUCCUCUGCUGCUUUUAAUAACUGAAAGGAAAGAUUAGAUUUUGUGGGUCACCACAUGAACCAAUUUUACAUGCACCCCUGUGUAAUCUCUAACCCCCCGCCACAGGGUUCUCUCAGGGCUGUGUGAUAUUGUCUUGGCACGAGUGUAUAGCCACUCCACACUGGAAGAACUGGAUAAGGAGGCCUCCAUCCCCAUCAUUAAUGGCCUGUCUGACCUCAGCCACCCAAUCCAGAUCCUAGCUGACUACCUCACUUUGCAGGUAAUGUAGCAGCUUCCUGGCAUCCUGCUGUUUAAAUAAUUGAGAUGAUAAAGUCAGCUUGUUUUUCAAAUAUUUCCUCCCAGGAACAUUAUGGCUCCCUGAGUGGACUAACAGUCAGCUGGAUUGGAGAUGGGAACAAUGUCCUCCACUCCUUCAUGAUGUCAGCAGCCAAACUAGGAAUACAUCUGAAGAUUGCUACACCAAAGGUUUGCUUCUUUUUAUGUGGGCACAUCAACUGUAACUGUCUUAUCAUUGCUAGAGUUGAUCCUUUCCACAGAAUAUCCUGGGGAACUAAAAAUAUAUUGUUUUCUUUUUAUAAAAUAUAUGAAUAUUCAGCAACUGAUCUACAUUUUUACCUUAAUUUGUAGGGAUAUGAACCAGAGAAAAGUGUAAUUGAAGAGGCACAAAGACUCUCCAAAGAGGUGAAUUAUUGUUCAUGUGUCCUAGCUUUAAACAAACCUCUUGUCAAAAGACGUCUCAUUAAUUCAUAAAAUUGUAUUUUGUCUCAGCACGGGACCAAGCUGGUUCUGACCAAUGACCCCAUGGAGGCUGCCCAUGGCAGCAAUGUUUUGGUCACUAGCACCUGGGUUAGCAUGGGGCAGGAGGAGGAGAAAAAAAAGAGGCUUAAUGACUUUAAAGGUUACCAAAUUACUAUGCAGGUAAGAUGUGGGGAGUUUUACAAAUAUAAAGAUGCACAUUUUGACUUGAACACUUUCUCUAUGGCUCAGAAAGAAAGAGGAGUCAAUCAUUACAUAUCAGUAGCGUUUAGAGAUGGAAGGCGUUUUCUGCUAUGUAAAAGACACUGAACUUUAAUUCAGAGCAAACUUAUGUUUUGUCUUUAAUAGACUAUAGUUUUCUGAAAAAUGAGAAAGUGAGGUGAUGUGAUUUUCAUUAACAAAACAUGUCUUUAUGUCAUAUAUAUAAACACACAUUAUGGACUGUUUUAUUUUGGAGAAACUACCUCUGAACUGAUCCAAAUCAGUCAUUUGUCAGCCAAAUAUGUGUGAGCAUAGGAGAUGUUUGAUUCCAGUUUUGAAUUGAUUCAAGGUAUUAACAUAAAACAGCUUCUGGAAAACAAAAGAGAAAUGGACCCGCACUGCAAACAAAAAGAAACUGUAAUGUAUUUAACAUAUAUGUAUAUCUGACUAGCCAUUAUUCUUGCAAUGCUCCAUCCUGACUUUCUCACUCAUCUACAGACAGCACGUGGAGCCAAACCAGACUGGACCUUCCUGCACUGUCUUCCACGGAAAAUGGGGGAGGUGGAGGUGGAUGACGAGGUAUUCUACUCUCCCCGUUCACUUGUCUUUCCUGAGGCAGAGAACAGGAAAUGGACCAACAUGGUGAGCAGCCUUGAGAAAAACUCACCAUUAUUUAACAUAUAAUUUUAUACAUAAGUAGGUUCAUUUAGACCCAUAGUCAGCUUUUACUCUCUCUCUUCUAAUCAUGACAUCCUUUUUCUCUUACAGGGUCUGGUGGUUUCUCUUCUGACUGACUAUUCACCACAGAUCCCCAUGCUCAAGUUCUAACUUCAUUUCUUAAGGUGGACUUUUGCUUGUGUGAAAAAACAUCUGAGGUUCAGUGGCAGGUUCAAACAGUUGAGUAACAUCACAACAAAACAGUAUUGAUUAGGUCAAGGUUAUUGUUGAGCUAGGAACAUAGUUGGCAUUGUUUGCCUUGUUUACUGCUCAAGGGAAAACUAAAGAAACAGAUCUGUGCUUGAGUCCAGACAACAAGUCCAGCUGUUGAAUCAUAAGAAGUCAGAGUCAUUUGUUUACUCUUAACAUGUCCUGUGAUAGGGAGCAAACAGUGCUGCAAGUGUGAGGGCCACAGUGGACAUUCUGACCUUCACCGUCUCUUUCUUUAUCUUAACAAAUGUAGUUUUGAAUCUUCACUGCCUCCAACAAAUAUGUGCUCCACUCAUGCUUAGUCACCAGUUUUAUUCAUUGCUGCCAAUUUGCAACAGCUUACACUUUGAUUUUACAUAGAUUCAAUAAUACAGACAGGAUUUUACAUGUGUAGAAAUGCACAUCCUUUUAGAGAUCUUAGGCAUCAGUUCAAAUUCAGCUUGACUGCAAAAAGCUUUUCACACCCGACUCUAAAUUUACCAUCACACAAUUUCUCUGACAGUAUGUUAAAAACAUUUCAGAUAUCAUGAUCUUCAAAUUCAAACUAACUGUUUCACAUUAGUAAAUUAGUACUGUUCAAUAAACAGUGGAAUACUCUAAACUGCUUUUCAAAGUUUGGUGCCCUAUAUGUAUGAAUAGGGUAUAUUUCAUGUUACCAUUUCAUGUUACACAGGUCACUGUAGCUUCAUAUUGUCAUGUUUUACCUUAGUUAACACAAACUUCUGGUUUGAUUACAGCAGGGGCCUUGUUUUAAUAACAUUAUAUCCAUCUCCUUUUGCAGGUUCACAAAACAAAAGCUCACUUAUAUCAAAGUUCCUUAGGGCUGCUAAAAGCAAUGUCAAGGAACAAGAUGUUACUAACAUGUUUUCUUUUCGUUUAUAAGUUAUGGUCAUUGUUAUACAAGUACCUCAUUAAAAGUAAAAAUCCUACAUUCAAAUUUUCAACUCAGUCAAAGCAACAUAAUAUUGACCAAAAACAGUAAAAACUUGAUGUAAAUUUACUCUCUAUGCAGCAUUAUCGAUGCCAGUUACAUGAAAGCUUUGUAUCACUUCUGAUGAAUAAAUGUGCUGUUAUUAAUUGUGAUUGGUCAGAAACAGAUUUUUUUACACUGAAUUUAUUUCAUCAUUGUUAAAAAAAUAAGUGUCAGAAAUAAAAAUGCACGCUUGAAAUUCAAUAGUUUCGAAAUUCAAAGUCUGUUUUGAUGCAAAAAAAAAUAUUCAGCUUUAGAAAUUAGAAUUCAAAAUCAGAUGGCACGGAUUUACUUCCAUAUGAAUGAGACCGUGUGGAAAUAUUCAAUAUCAGGUCUGUCAAAAGCCCGUUUGCUUUCCUUUUAUGACCUUAUUCUGAAUAGUGACAACUUUCACGUUACAAGACGGAAUUUAGACUUCUUUCCUCUGAACUUGGUGCUGCAGUUGAUUUAGGCAGUAAGUGUAUUGUGAGUUAAGUUAUAUUAUACUUGGACGCACCACUGGAGAGGUGACCAGAUGCAGCGCAAGAUGGCGGACCCAAAGAUAGAAAACCACAUUUACAAAACGCAAUAAGUUCCUCCGAUUGGCGGACCCAAAACAAUUACUUCCGGUGGAAAGGCUUUCUCGUUGGCGGACUUCCGGCGCCGAAAUACUUCAGGUAGUCGGAUUUAGUCGCCGGAUCCUUUUUUUUUUGCUCCGUUCAUUCCAUAAGAAUCGAAUUAAAUUUAUUAUUGAGCUAAAAAUCAAAAUAAAACGUUUAUGUAUUAAUUAUGACUACUGUUUUGUUCUGAUUUAAUUCUGAAGUUUACAGUAAUAUGUAUAUAUAGCCUGAUGUCCUCAUAUUCUGAUAAUUUGUCAGAAUAGGUAAAUGUAUGUAGAAGUUAUCAUCUUACUCAAAUUCUUUUGUAAGAGUUUGCUACAAGUAUGGACUGUUUUAACCUCUCGUUACACAUCAUAUAACAGUGUUUUCUAACUUUUCUCUCCAAUAGCUUUAUUACACAGCACAUCAAUGUUUCUUAACUUCUCUGUGACCUUGUUUCUCCACUCCUAUUAGGACCUCGUUUAAUGUCAACAAUGUUGCCCUGACCCUCACAUAUUUUCUGUUGUUCAUAAUUAUGUUUUAUGAGAGUGCUUAUGUUGCUGCACAAAUUUACUCCCCCCAUCCUUUAGUAACAUUGUGUAACCAGGGACAUAAUUUAUGAAAUGGUGUGCUUCCUGGUGAACCUCUUCAGGAUUGCUUGACUGUGCAAAAUCCAAGUAUACAAUAGUUGUAGAGACACAAGUCACAUGAUCUCUUUAAGGUUCAGAAGAGCCAUAUAGCAAAAACAAUUGAAUAGCGAUAUCAUUACAGACUGUGUAAAAAAAUGGGAAAUUGUCAUACAACUGCUUUGAAGAUUUCUUUAAUUUUUUCCAAACAAAAUUGUGAACAGUAAAAAAAAAAAUAUAUAUAUACAAAAUUCAGCACUGCCGUCGGUGUGGUGGGGGGCUUAAAACACGUUGCCACAGGCCAUCAUCAGCUCUGCUCUGAACCGGUUGAUGCCAUGCUCCUUCAGUGCUUUGAUCAAAAGCUGAAAAACAGUCAAAUAAUGUGAACAAUUGAAGUUAUGCAGUAUGGGUUAAUUGUUGUUCUUGAGCUUUCCAAAUGAAUAAGAACAACCUCUUAACAAUAUCAUCAUUUUUCAAAGCAAGCUAUAUAGUUUGAUCUACUCACCUCUGGGAGCAUGACGUCAAAAACGAAAUCAAGCAGAUGAAUCUCGCCUCUCUUUAUUUUUUUAGAAAUGUUUGUUGCCACCUCAAUGAACCGCAGGAGCUCGAACAUCUAUUGAAGAAAAACACAGAAAGUAAACACCUUUCAAAUGUAACACCCCUGAGAGUAAAAAUAUUCAUGAUGGAUGGCAUUUUUACUUACGCGCUGCUCACUCCAACUUAGUGUCCUUAUCUUAAGAUGCUGCUUUAGCCGGAGUGAGGUGGCGGGAUUCCUCCAAAGGAACAUUCUGUUGGAGCGGAUCUUUCCAGACAGUAGAUCAUCGUGUAAUGUCUGAAACCAAAGAGCAAGAGACAAAAAUGUAAUCAUCUGAAAAAGAAACAGUGGCUUUAACAACUGAUAGUGCAUUCAAAAGCAACCUUGAUCUGUGUCUUAGAAAAGACAGCAUGAAUUCCUCAACUGUCAACAGCAUCCUUGAUCCUGCAGAGAAAUAAGAAAAGAGCAAGCCCUCAUUUUUUCAUCCUUUGAGCCUCGUAUUUUUGACUGAUACUAUGUUUCCUUGAUAAAUUAUGUUAUACCGAGGAUGCUCAAUGGAGUCCUCGCACCCGCAGUCAAACGGCUCCAUUUCAAUCCCAGCACAAUCCUGAUGCAGCCAGCCCCUGCACGUCUUGCACUGGACCCAUUUUAUGACGUUUACCUCAGGGUAAAGCAAUCUGAUCAAAUGAGAGACAAACAUAAUAUUAAACAAACACGCUGUCCAAUUGAUUAUACCUCUGCAGCACAUUUGAAUGUAUAAAUAAUUUUCCUGCAUGAUUCGUGCAUUUAAACUAUAUGUAAAAGUGGUCACUUCAUGGAAAAUCACUGAAUAGGCCCCGAUAAUUGCAUUUAUUAAAUUGAGUCUGCAACACACCUCUCUCCUGUGUUGUUCGAUGUCUGGUAGACACAGAAUUGCAUUGAAUCUGCCAUGCACAUUCUUUGGACAUCCGAUACCGUCUGCGUCAUGGUUUCCUUGACAAGGCAAUUUGAAAAGUAACAUCAAUUACCAAAUACAUCGAGACAAUGUUGAUCCAUACAACUGUGUGCAUUUUGAAGGACUCCCACUGAGAUAAUACUGUUUUUACAAGGCAAUUUCCUAACCUCUGUGUCCUGCUGCUCUGCCUUCCUCUUUAGACUGAAGACCGGAGUAUGCUUUCCAGCAAUGAGCUCUUGACAUUCUUUGGUCCAGUGGGCAAAGAUUUUCCCACAACUGUAAUGACAAUAUGUCUUUAAGUACAAUAUAUUGAUUGUCUUCCAGUUAAUUAGGACAUCUAGUUUACUUAAACUGUCUACCUGUUCAAAGAAUUGUUCUCCAGGAGCAACAGGCACCACCAUCGCCGCCAAACAGGCAUGUCAUGCUGAAAUUGUUGUUUGUAUUUCAUUUUAGUGCACAAUACAAAAUACAAUCUUGAGGAUGACACUGGGUGUUGAAAAGUACUUACAACUGAGUAGUCAAACUGUGACUCCAUAACGAUGUACAUGGCAGACUUUAAAAAAAAAAUUAUGAGACAACAUGUGAGAUAACUUUAAAAAAGUCCAUGUUGGAAAGUUAUUCUAGAUACAAUAUUUGUGCAUUACAGCUCGUUAUGACCUACCAUCAACAUGAAUAUGCCACAGUCUGAGCCGAAGUCCUGGCUGGGGAAGCCCUGAUUUAACAAAAGCAAACGUUAAUCAUCUUGUCACAUACACUUUGUAGGAGCCAGAUUGGGGUUUUGCAGUUUAUUGUUAUGUAUUUUUUGUGCCAGCAGAUGGUGCUAUUGUGCCUGUCUAUUUAAUGGGUGGGUUGAUUAGGAGAGGUGCGCACAUAAAAUGAUGAAUGAGUAAAUAAAUCAAAACAACAGAAAAUGUGUGUGACAUGUGACAUUAUUCCACCUGCGGGCACGCAUCAACUCAAGCAAAAAGGUGUUCGCCACAAGUAACAGCAUUGGAAAGCUGUUAUACACUUUUCAACUGUAAUAUAGAGCAUGCACAAAUACCUCCAAAUCUCUGCCCGUUUUCUCAGUCCAUUGCCCAGGACAUAUCUUCUGCGCAAUGUUCCUGUUAAUUUGAGAGCGUCACUUAGAUUUCCCAUGAUGGAAACAAUGGAAUGCAGGGUUAGGGUUAGUUUGAGUGGUCGGAGGUGAGAUUGAAUGAAUGCGGACGGCUUGCUUCUUUUCAAACUUCCUGAGAGUUCUUCUUCUUCUGUAAAUUUUGCCGUCAGAAAGUGUAGGUACAUACCGCCACCUACUGUUCUGGCAUCGAAAAGCAGAAGUUCAAAGUUCAUGUUUUGGGUCCGCCAAUCGGAGGUAAUGCGGAAACUUAUUGCGUUUUGUAAAUGUGGUUUUUUAUCUUUGGGUCCGCCAUCUUGGCGCUGCAUCUGGGUACUCUUGCACCACUGGAGUACAAGCAGCUUGUUACACAGCCGCAACAAGAGCUUUAUAUAGCAGGGACAUUACACUAGUCUGCCCCCUCAUGGAUGGAGUUGGUAUUGCUCCUGUUUUCUGAUUGGACAGCGGAGGAUGGAGUGUAUGUGCGGGAAGCUUUGAUCUCUGUGGGCGGUCCAGUCGGUUAAACGCAACGCUACGCAGUAAUUCAUUCAUAAAUACAGACCCGCUGCUUUUAAAGAAACGUGAGUUUAUUGAUAGAGUGUUAUUAACAUAAAUACAUCAGCCUGGUGUAACAACACAUUUGCAGCUGAAACCGAAAAACAGAGAAACUGUUCUCAUAGUUUCAACCCAUAUGAAAAAGCAGCUCAACAGACGCGUUUACAAACAGGCUAGAGAUGUCAGCUGCUGUACUGGCGAAAUGAAAACACAGCCAUGAUUCUCCCAGUGCGACCACCCACACACUGACUGAGGGAGUCUGAGAAGAGGAAAGGGAGCUGAGGUGGGAGGAGGACGCCAUUGCAGCCGCAGCUGGCUGUAUGUGUUCGGGCUGAGGGGGGACAAACGUUACCGAGCGUUACAACUGGGAGAAACUUUGUGGACUUUUUCAGGGCCGAGACAACUAUCGCUGUGUUUUAAUGUGGAAACAAACGCCAAGGAUGGGCGGUUUGCUUCGUGAACGGAGAAAAUGUGGAGUCAGAGCAGCGCAGCGAAGCAGGUAAAGUGGGUUAGUUUAGUUUGGUGUGUUUACGGGGACAAUGGGAGAAAGUUUCGGCUAACCUCAGCUAACUAACGGGAGUUGUUUCAGCUAGCGUUACUGCUAGUUGUGGUACUCACAGUGAAGAUUUUUUAUCAAAGUUUAUCGCUGUAAAGGGCUUUAAAGAAUUCUUACAUACAUCAUUCAUUUGCUCAUACAGUCACACCUUGGUGGUGGUAAACUGCCUUAGUAGUCACAGCUGACCUACCUGUGGCAGACUGACGGAAACAUGGCUGCCAGUUUGCGCCUCUGUGACUCUCACCCACCCAAAAACUCAAGGCAGAUUGUUCAGCAUUAUAGUAUAUUAGGGAAGCGUUAUUAUCUAGCCAAUAGAAGUAGGAAAUAAUAUCCAUGGCAAAUGCUCAUUUUAAAGGAUUGUCAGCCUUUGGCACCGGGAGAUAGCAUCAUGAAAUGACUUUAAUCUCGUUUUAGCCUUGAUUAAGGGAUUUAAUGGGAUAAUUAAGAAACAAGAGUAGGUGAAAUAAAACAAUGAAAAUUUGCAGCCCUAGUAUAAUGAAGAUUACCUUUCACUGAGGCAGGUUUUCUUGCAGCAGGCUUCAAUCCUAGCCCAAGUUGGCCCCAAGUGUUAUCACCAAACACUAGCAGCCUGCCAUUUUCUGCAGACAUUGAAAACUAAUAGAGGUCAAAGUGUGAUUAAACAUUAGAGAAGUUCUUGGACAUGGGUUCAAAAUGAGUGAUUCUUUAUUAUGUCAAUGUGCAUAUAUACUGUCUGAACCUGGGAUGACAGCAGUGUGCUCUCCUCCGCAGGAUACUUGUCCUGGCUGGUCAUUUCUCACCCAGAAUUUACAAGGCACAUUAUCAGCGAAACCGCUCUUUCCAAAUGUGAAGAUGGCCCCUGUUACUCUUGACAAAUACAUUUCUCAAUUUUAGCAGGAGUAGCAGGACUUCAGAGUCGCACUAACUUAUCAACUUCUCUGAUUUAACACCGGCUAAAUCCUGACCCAACCUGCUGUCAAAUCUCAAGCGAGUUAAGUAGCUGCUUGACAGAAAUAGCUACAGGUGCUCCAAACAACCUCACACAGUCUGUGGAAAAAGGUUUAUCUAAUAGGAAGGUAAGUAUGCCCACUAUACAAAUGAGUGGACUACAGUACUUCAUGUCCUGUUUUGAAAGUACUCUCACCUGGUAUGUCCUCAUCUCUCUGUCCUGUCAUCUCCAACGCAGCUCCCCUCUCUCCUCCUCCUCUCGCUCCCCGUAGAGCUCAGCGCUGACUGACAGGUGGAUAAAGGAAACGUCAGAGGGAGGCGUGGCCAGGACAAACAACUGUUUUUUCUCAUAGACUGUAUAUAAAAUAUAUAAUAUAAACAGUCUAUGGGUUUUCUCAUGUUAGCAAAAGUGACCGUUCUCAUCAAAAUACUCCGUAUCAUGAACCAAACUUUAUACAUGCAAAGUAAGAUAAAAGUAAAAUCGUCUUUUUCUUAUCAUGCCAAAAAUAAAUAAAUGAAUAAAAUAAAAUAAUAAUAAUAAUAUUAAAAUUAAAUUAAAAAUAAAUGUAAUAAUGAUAAUAUGAUUAUAUUAGAUACCAUUAAAUAAUAAUAUUAUUAUUAUUACUAUAUAUUAUAUUAUAAAAUUAUUAUUUUUAUUGUUAUUGUUAUUAUUAUUUAUAUGAAUACAAAUAAUAACAACAACAAUAAUAAUAGUAGUAAUAAUAAUAAUAAUAAUAGUAAUAACAAAUUCAAUAAUAAAAAUAUAUAUUAUAAUGAUAACAAUGAUAAUAUUAUUCUAAUAAUGUCAUAUGAUAUUAUUAUUACUUUAUAUUAUAUUAUAUAUAUUUUUAAUAUUAUUAUUAGUAGUAGUAUAAGUGUUAUUCUUAUUGUUUUCAAUUAUAAGUGUUAUUUUUAUUAUUAGUGUUAUUUUAUUAUGAUCAUUACCAGUUUUUCAAGAAAAAAAAAAUUCCAGGAGGGAAUCCUCUUGGUUUGUCUACUUCAUCUUUGAAACAUGUUAUGCAGCAAGACCGUGGCCCGCAGGCUGUUUCAGAGAGUUUAUUUCUCAUUCAAACUCUAAAAGUGAAGGAAUAUGUUAAUUCAGUUAAUAUUUUUGUUACAUAAUCAAAGUAAACUCAUAGUAAAAUAGCUUUAUAUCUUGAACUUUUAGGCAAAUACAUGAAAAGUGGACACUUUGGAGGAUGUUGCCAGGACUCGCUCCCAUGGUCUUAGGCGAGGUCAGACGUAACAGCCCUGCCCGUCCCUCUGACGUGCUGCUGAAUGUUGUAGGGGUAGGGAUUGGAUAAAAAAUUGGUUUCAAUCUGAUGAAAUCUCCUUAGGAAAUUACUCUUCCACGGUAUUUUCAAUUCAAGUCACCAUGUCUACCAAGAUACUGUCUUUAAACAGCACGGUUUUCAAAUGGAUGAAAACGUUUCACACCAGCUGUCCACGAGGGUUUAGGUAAGACACGCCGGAUAACUUUUUGGUAAUGUGUAAACUUUUAUAUAAACUGCUUAUACAACAACCAUGCAUGCAGCAUAACUUCCUCAUUUUUAACUUCCACAGAACUGCAGCUGCGUCUCUUAGUUCUGUCAGUUUGAAGGGUCGAAGCUUCCUAACUUUGAAAGAUUUCAGCCCAGAUGAAAUCAAGAGGCUGCUGUGGGUCUCAGGAGACCUCAAACAUCGGAUCAAACAUGAAAAACAGGUAGCUGGUGUUUGCUAACAUCUGUUGACUGCAGUGUGCAUUUGCAAAUGUUCUCAGUUGUAACUGUCAAGGUCAAUCUUCAGUGUCUGAAGCUAACUUUCUUCUCCAUUUUAGUAUCUUCCUCUUCUCCAGGGGAAGUCCAUUGCCAUGAUAUUUGAGAAGAGGAGCACCAGAACAAGAAUGUCUACAGAAACAGGUGUCCCUUAUGUAUUCAUAUAUCUUCAAAUGGUUUAUGACAUGUGCUGUAUUGAAACUUAUAUGUAAAAACAUUAAAGUGGCACAAUGCAGUCAUCAAUUGUUAGAUUAACCCAUUAGAUACACAUUGAUAGAAUGAAUGUAAUAGGGUUCUAGUAUCUCAUAAAUUUAGCCUGGCUGUUUUGAUCCAGUAGUAGCUUUAGCAGUGUAAAUGCCACCCCUUGUUUUUGACACAAAAGAACUGCUGAAAGGGGACUUUGAAAGCACCAUGGGAACAAUGCUGUUUGCACCUAAACUACAUCCAUUCCCCACUCCUAUGCUGAACUUGGUGUGAGCUUAAAAGACAGUUUCUAUUUGAGGAUGAUUCAGUGUUUUUACUCCAGGUUUUGCUUUGCUUGGCGGGCACCCCUGUUUCCUCAAAUCUGAGGACAUCCACCUUGGAGUGAACGAGAGUAGCACAGACACAGCUAGGUAUGAAAUUCAUUAUGGUUUUGUUCUUUACCAUGUGGGUUACAUAUCUCCACUCCUUAUUUGUCUGUUAAUCUCAAAAAAAUCUUAAUCAGCAUGGUGUUUUUUAAGGCAGCGCUGCUUCACUUGUAUAAUAUUGCUUUGGUCCUCUGCUGCUUUUAAUAACUGAAAGGAAAGAUUAGAUUUUGUGGGUCACCACAUGAACCAAUUUUACAUGCACCCCUGUGUAAUCUCUAACCCCCCGCCACAGGGUUCUCUCAGGGCUGUGUGAUAUUGUCUUGGCACGAGUGUAUAGCCACUCCACACUGGAAGAACUGGAUAAGGAGGCCUCCAUCCCCAUCAUUAAUGGCCUGUCUGACCUCAGCCACCCAAUCCAGAUCCUAGCUGACUACCUCACUUUGCAGGUAAUGUAGCAGCUUCCUGGCAUCCUGCUGUUUAAAUAAUUGAGAUGAUAAAGUCAGCUUGUUUUUCAAAUAUUUCCUCCCAGGAACAUUAUGGCUCCCUGAGUGGACUAACAGUCAGCUGGAUUGGAGAUGGGAACAAUGUCCUCCACUCCUUCAUGAUGUCAGCAGCCAAACUAGGAAUACAUCUGAAGAUUGCUACACCAAAGGUUUGCUUCUUUUUAUGUGGGCACAUCAACUGUAACUGUCUUAUCAUUGCUAGAGUUGAUCCUUUCCACAGAAUAUCCUGGGGAACUAAAAAUAUAUUGUUUUCUUUUUAUAAAAUAUAUGAAUAUUCAGCAACUGAUCUACAUUUUUACCUUAAUUUGUAGGGAUAUGAACCAGAGAAAAGUGUAAUUGAAGAGGCACAAAGACUCUCCAAAGAGGUGAAUUAUUGUUCAUGUGUCCUAGCUUUAAACAAACCUCUUGUCAAAAGACGUCUCAUUAAUUCAUAAAAUUGUAUUUUGUCUCAGCACGGGACCAAGCUGGUUCUGACCAAUGACCCCAUGGAGGCUGCCCAUGGCAGCAAUGUUUUGGUCACUAGCACCUGGGUUAGCAUGGGGCAGGAGGAGGAGAAAAAAAGAGGCUUAAUGACUUUAAAGGUUACCAAAUUACUAUGCAGGUAAGAUGUGGGGAGUUUUACAAAUAUAAAGAUGCACAUUUUGACUUGAACACUUUCUCUAUGGCUCAGAAAGAAAGAGGAGUCAAUCAUUACAUAUCAGUAGCGUUUAGAGAUGGAAGGCGUUUUCUGCUAUGUAAAAGACACUGAACUUUAAUUCAGAGCAAACUUAUGUUUUGUCUUUAAUAGACUAUAGUUUUCUGAAAAAUGAGAAAGUGAGGUGAUGUGAUUUUCAUUAACAAAACAUGUCUUUAUGUCAUAUAUAUAAACACACAUUAUGGACCGUUUUAUUUUGGAGAAACUACCUCUGAACUGAUCCAAAUCAGUCAUUUGUCAGCCAAAUAUGUGUGAGCAUAGGAGAUGUUUGAUUCCAGUUUUGAAUUGAUUCAAGGUAUUAACAUAAAACAGCUUCUGGAAAACAAAAGAGAAAUGGACCCGCACUGCAAACAAAAAGAAACUGUAAUGUAUUUAACAUAUAUGUAUAUCUGACUAGCCAUUAUUCUUGCAAUGCUCCAUCCUGACUUUCUCACUCAUCUACAGACAGCACGUGGAGCCAAACCAGACUGGACCUUCCUGCACUGUCUUCCACGGAAAAUGGGGGAGGUGGAGGUGGAUGACGAGGUAUUCUACUCUCCCCGUUCACUUGUCUUUCCUGAGGCAGAGAACAGGAAAUGGACCAACAUGGUGAGCAGCCUUGAGAAAAACUCACCAUUAUUUAACAUAUAAUUUUAUACAUAAGUAGGUUCAUUUAGACCCAUAGUCAGCUUUUACUCUCUCUCUUCUAAUCAUGACAUCCUUUUUCUCUUACAGGGUCUGGUGGUUUCUCUUCUGACUGACUAUUCACCACAGAUCCCCAUGCUCAAGUUCUAA